AUGUCCAGUACCUGCUCAGAGACACCAAGGACUCUGGCACCAGGGAGGCAAUACACCAUCCUAGAGUCUCAUUCACGGCUACAGAAACGCCUGUCUGUGCCCCUGACUAUCGAGCCACCUACUACUAUCGCUCGCCUGGACUUUGCUCCAGCUUGCUCUACAGCAGAACCAGUUGUGGUGCCACAGGCCUGGCUGCUGCUUGAUUACCCAAAAAAUCGGCAUCCAGGCUGGAGUCGAGGAUCAGUGGCCUAUCAUGCAGAUGAUGGCAAGCUUUUCCAAGGAAGUGGAGUGGGAGAUCCCUUUGGCCCUCGCUGCUACAAGGGUGAUAUCAUGGGUUGUGGUAUCAUGUUUCCUCGAGAUUAUAUUUUAGACAGUGAUGCUGACAGUGAUGACUAUGUUGAUGCUGCAGAAGUGAAGCCCAAACAGAGACGUGUGAGAAACAUCAUGUAUUUUAAUGAUGAGGAUGAAGAGGAUGAAGGAGAGGAAAUGGAGCAAGAAUAUGAUGGAAAAAAAGUAACGGUAUUUUUUACUCGAAAUGGAAAGAUAAUUGGCAGGAAGGAAGCCCCAGUGCCAUCUGGAGGAUUCUACCCCACCAUUGGAAUGCUUAGCAAUGGAGAGAAGGUUAAAGUUGACCUGCAUCCUUUGAGCGGCUGAGCUGUCAGUCUGCUUCUUCCUGAACACAGCAUGUUCUUCUUCCUACUGACAUCUGCUGGCUGUGUUGGAGCCUGUAACUGCACAGAAUGUGUGCAGAAUUGACCAUUAUAUUUGGCCAUUUUAUGUAACUCUGCAAUUCCAUUGGUGUAUUUAACAAAUGGUUACAUAGGACAUGUCUAUUUUGAUUGCUUUUGUUCAUUAUCUGUUAAAUCCUGCUUUAAAACACUAAAAGCCAUGACUGCUUUCAAAUCUUUUGCUAUUACUGUAGGCCAAUAUUAAUUGAUUACCUCAAUUACCCACCCUUGGCAAUUGGUAAGAACACUCCCUGAUGCUGAUCUCUACAUGCACAUCCAAAGCUGUUAAAAUAUCAAUAGCAGACAACAAAUUAUGAGCUGAUCAAAACUAGUUUUGUCCUUGUUUGCUGUCUGCAAGCUGCUUUUGAUAGAAUGUUUUUGAGGAAUCUGCUCCUGUCUGGUAGUACAGCCCUCAAGUGUUCUAUAAUUAGCGGUGUACAAAUGCACUAAGUCUUUAUAUGGGAUCCCAGGAUCAUCAGACAGCAUACAGAUGUGAGCUGUCAUCUCCUCACACUAAAUUCUGGGUAGAGUGUCUUACCCACACUACUGAUGGGGCUGCACUUCUGACCCUGUUAUUAUUAUCAAUGUGGCAGUAAUUACCAGCUCACAGUAAGGUGAGUGACCCAGAUAGGAAAUAUCCCAUCAAUACUUUCCCUUUCAGGUGUUGAUCUGUCUGCUGCAAAUGAGCAUUCCUGUUCCUUCCUUCAAUUACAUUAUCAUCAGCAGUCAGUCUGCAUUGUGAAACAAAUGUUGCCAGUAGUAUGCUCUUCCCUAUGUUAUGGUCCUUGUUGUUUCUGUGGCGCAUCUCCACUGCACUGGGUAAGAUAGCAAGCCUCAGUCAGAACAUUUGAGUGCACAGCUACUAUACAUUGUACAUUAAAAACACUGGGGGAACUUCUGUUCACUGAAGAAGUAUUGGGGAGGUGUGGUAUGAUGCAAUCCUGAAGAUCGCUCAACUGCAUGUGUUGUUGGGGUAUCAUUCAUUAGAAGAAGAAAGACACUGACAGAACAAUGCCAGCAAUUCAAGAAAUGUUUGUUCCCCAUCAAACUUUGCAGAGUUCAGAUACUUUUUGCAUUUGUAAAAUGUUCUCUUCACACCCCUUAUUUUUCAAACAGUACUCAGCCCCUGUGUACAGAAUUUUAUAAAAUAACUCCAUUCAGCCCAUUCACAUCUUUCCCAUAUCAAAUUAACUUAAUGAAAGUUUUAAACCUACAACUUUUGCUUCAGUUUUAAAUGUUGCAAUGUGCAGAAUACGAUGUGUUGGCAAGGUUUCUCAAGCCCUUUUUCCACUUUGCUCAUGCCAUUGUUCCUGUUGUGUGCUAAAUUUGCCCCAUUUACUAAGGCCUUUCAACUUUGGCAACGUUACCUUGGAAACUUGCAUCAUGAACAAGAGAUAACAGGUUUUUUUCCUAGUUUAUCGAACUUUAAUUCCCAUUAAUAAGGUUUUCAAGUUUGAGAAUAAAAUAUUUUGCAAAGAG